AUGGAAUGUCCAAAAUUCGAGCCACGUCUGUUGACCCAUGUUCUUGAACAAGAGGCUGCUAAAAGCCCGGAUCGUCUGUUCUGUAUACAUCCGUUGUCUCUCAAACGACUGAGUGAAGGGUGGCGUCGAAUAACUAUUGGUGACUUGAACAAUGCGGUAAACAACUUUGCAUGGUGGAUAGAACGGAGCGUGGCUCCGAAGAAUCGCUCUCGCUCGACGCGGCUGAUUUACAUCGGGCCAAAUGACAUCCGUUACGCCAUAUUCGUACUUGCAUGCUGGAAGUUAGAUCAUUGCGCUAUGCUCCUAGCGCCUAGCACCUCGAAAUCUGUUACUGAAUACCUCCUGAAAUCAGGGGAUUGCUCGAAUCUUUUGUUCUCGUCCGAGUACCACCAGAAAAUACAGGAAAUUCGCGAGGGAUUCAAGCUACUCCAGGUCUGGGAGGUAAUGGAACUGUGGAGCUUGUUUGAUAAGCCCGCGGUCGCAUUUCCCACUGGGUACCGCGAGUACCACCUCGCUAAAGAGCGGGAGCCCGCCAUUGUACUUCACAGCUCUGGAACUACUGGCUUGCCCAAAGAGAUUGUUUUCCCACACGGAUACUUCACCGCGGUGGACUUCUACAGGCACAUUCUUGUCCCCACUGGAAGGGUUAGUACCCUUCCUUGGCCGAUCGACCCAAAGGUUCCACUCUUUUUGAAGACCAACCUUUUCCACGGGACGGGACUUGUCGUUUGGGCGGCAGCAAUUUUCAAUGGUACCCAUUUUGUCCUCGGUCCAGACGCACCUUUGACGGGUGCAGUACUGAAAGGAAUUUUAUCCGACACAGGGGCAACGAUGGGAUUAUUUAUCUCGGAUACGUUAGCAAGCUUAGGCUCCUGCCCAGAGGGAAUCGAGGCUCUAUCUGGGCUUACGUAUACUGCCUUUGUUGGAAUGCCUUUGUCGGCUAACAUUGGACACAUUUUGUCUCGUGUGACACGUUUGUACUCUUGUUUCGGGCUCACUGAAACAUGUUGUAUCUCGGCUCUACAGCCAAAGGAACCAGCAGACUGGGAAUAUUUUGAAUGGAACCCUAAUCAUCCAAUAGAGAUGCGGAAACAUGGGGAGUACCACCAACUCGUUAUACCUCGUCCUCUGGGUCGUUAUACACAUUGUGUCUUCCACGUUCUUCCUUCCAUAUCUGAGUUCUGUACAGGAGACCUAUUCCUGAGACACCCCAAAGACGAAAUGCUCUGGAAGCAUGUUGGUCGAGAAGAUGAUAUGACUAAGCUACAAAACCGUGUCCUUCUCUAUCCAGGUCCCAUAGAACUGGCUUUGGAGGGCCACAGGUUUGUUCACAAAACUAUCAUAACGACCAAUAAGGCUCUGAGGGCUGUUCUCAUUGUGGAGCCCAAUUGGGAACAAGUGGGGCAUGUCCGAUUGCCCGAAGGGCUCGUUGAAAGCAUUUGGCCACUGGUUCAGAAGAUCAAUAAUGAUCUUCCUUGUGAGGCUGAAAUUUCGAGAGGUCAUAUCCUUGUUGCAACAAAAGACCAUCCCUUUCAAACAACAGCGAAAGGAACCGUGAAACGUCGAUUGGUGGUGCAAAGCUAUUGGGAGAAAAUAGAGAGUCUUCCUUGGGAUUAA